AUGGUGAAGCGAAGUUUUGAACGGUGCCGCAAGGCGGGGCCGUUCUUCGCAGGCUGCUGGCUCCUCGGCAGCACAACUGCUCUGCUGCUGUGUAUGGCUCUUAGGGGGAGCGACAAAACGCAGCUAGCCCUGACCGAUGAGCUCCAAGAAGCGAGCGAGCAUUCCUUCACGCAAGCGGACGCCCAGGGCUUCUGGGCGUGCCGCAUGUCUAGACUCGACGGCGCGUGCGGGAGCCGUUCCUACGUCGAGGAUGGACAGACGAUCGUGCACGCCUCAUGUCCCUCCAACAUGUGUUGCAGUACAACCUACUGCGCGAGACUGGGUCAGUGUGGCAGGUGGUGUUCAACGAAUUGGGUCUUCUGCAGCACAGCUAUCGUGUACGACAGAACGUUCAGUUACGGUGGAAACUGCAGCUGCGGCCAGCAGGGCGGGAAGUGCGGCGGCAACGCACACUGCCGAGAUCGGCUCUCCCCGGGGGGGGAGUAUUCUGUGAGUGCAAGGAAGGCUAUAAGGUGA